AUGGGAGAACUAACAGCACUAGCUGAAGAAAAGAGAGUAGACAUUCUGUGUAUACAGAUACAUCAUAUCUACCAUGAAAAUGUGCAUAUUGAGAUGAAGGACAUGGGCAAAGGUUGGGUACUAGCUAUGUCUUCAGGCACCAAGAAUACAGUGAAUAGCACAGUUGGAGGGGUCGAUAUAUUGAUGAGUCCUUUUGCUUAUAAGUCACUGGAAUACCUUAAAAAGGCGAGUCCUCGUAUACUUCUAGUCAAGUUCAGUGGAAAUCCACCUCCCACUGUUAUCACCUGCUACAGUCCAACCAACUGCUCCCCAGACAAUGAAGCUGUAAAUUUCUAUAGCUUACUGUCUGAUGUCAUUAAAAAGAUCCCUCAGCACAACAUUAAGAUUAUCUGUGGGAACAUGAAUGCCCAGGUUAGCUCUAUAGACAGCAAGGGUUUUACUUUUGGCAAUAGGACUAACAGAAAUGGGCAGUACUUGCUGAACAUGACAUGA